CACACCUUUUUGUCAGCGGCCACCCAAAAAAAAAAAAAAACCACAGUAAACAGAAGCUGCAAAUUUUCUCGCCCAGAAAGAACUGCAAAUGGCGAAGAGUCUGAUGUGGCGACCGUACCUGCUCUCCUCCACGCGCCCCCAUCACCACCACCGCCUCCUCCAUCAACAACCUUUCAUUUCAUCAUCACUUCUUCGGACCCCGAAAGGACACUUCGUUUCGCAGUAUGCAAUCUUCCAAAACAAAACUGAAUCAAUCUCCUUGUUUUGGUCUAGCACCAAUAACGGAAAAACGAAGCUCCAAAUCGAUAACGAUAGCUAUAAGUUAUCCAAAUUAGGCUUUGGUCUUGUGGGUAACCGUAGUUUCACUGUUAGAGCCACCAACGUCAAUGACGCUGGUUCCAUCGACUCCCCUCUCAUGCAAUCUAUGGAGAAAAAGAUUAAGGAGGAACUAAAUGCGGAAUCAGUCACCGUGAAGGAUGCUUAUGGGGAUGGUAGGCAUGUCAGUAUCGAUGUUAUUUCUUCAGCCUUUGAAGGAAAGUCAGCUGUGAAUAGGCAGAGGAUGGUAUAUAAAGCCAUAUGGGAGGAGCUUCAGACCACUGUGCAUGCAGUUGAUCAAAUGACUACCAAGACGCCUGUGGAAGCAGAGCAGCAGCAGGACAGAAGUGAUUAAACAAUUACCCACCUCAAUGUUAAUUCUGAACCAAAAAUUCUCCAUUGAGUUCUCUUGUACCAUGACAUAGAAAGAACAGUAAGUCAAUUUUCUUUGUUCUAAACUUUAGCUUUGUAUUCCAUUUUUCUCAAGAACAUUAAGUUUGCUUGGUAGCAAACUACCAAUGCUAAGAUCCAAAAGAAAAACAUUUAGUAAUGCAUUGUCUAUUACUUGCUGCAGCAUUAUGAAGCUGCAGUUUCCUAAAUAUUUUCCGCUUAAGAAUGUUGAUGGUUGUCUGUGAGCUUGAAAAUUAUGUGGACUUAUUGGUGCUA